GCCCCUCCCCUUUAAUGACAAUAUUUUUUGUCAGGGGACUUUGGGGCUUGGUGGUGUCUCUUGAGCGCUGUUUCAAGAUUCCGCUUGAGAAGGUAGCAAGCAGUAGUACAUUUACCGCUCAAAGUGAGUCCGGAGCCUAAGGCGUGGGCUUGGAGUCCUGAUUCAAAAGAUACUCGAUCCUCCUUGUUUUUACCGGGCCGACGGUCGUUCCGCAAAGGGCUCGGCAAGAUGAGUGGCAGGAGUCGACUAACGGGAAAGACUAGAGAUGAAACUUUGAUUGAGAUGAGCCGGAACUCCCUAUGUGAUGAGGACAACAACGGCUUCCCUCACGACACUGAAGACUAUCCCCAGCCUGACCCUUCCGAGGUUGACAAGCAUCAACAGAGUAAGGACUCUGUGUUCUUCCGUGAUGGAAAGAGGAGGAUUGACUUCAUCCUGUCCUAUGUAGAUGACCGAGACGGAGAGAGGAAACAGGAGAGGCGGAAGGAGUAUGAAGCUAAUUUACAGAAGGCAGGUCUGGAGCUGGAGACAGAGGAUCAAUCGGAGUCAGAUGACGGUAAGACAUACUAUGUGAAGAUCCACACUCCAUGGGAUGUGCUAGCCACCUAUGCCGAUGUCCUCAAGAUCAAGGUUCCCUUCAAGGCCAACGACAUCCCCGCCCACAAGGACAUCCCCAUGAACUGGCUGUUCACUCCCUUCCGUCUACCGAACCACAUUAUGAAUCCUGAACCAGACUACUUCACCUCACCCUUCAACAAGGAAAAGAUUGACUUCUUCCUUAUCGAUGACAAGGAGACCUUCUUCCCUCCCUCUGUCCGCAACAGGAUAGUGUAUUAUAUCCUGGCCCGCUGUGCGUACCACAAGGAGGACAGUGAUGACAAGAACAAGAAGGGCAUCAAGCGCCUGCUCAACAACGGGACCUACGGGGCUGCCUUCCCACUACAUGAUUCUCGGUACUGGAAGGCAUCCAGAGACCCCAACAGUGAGAGUGAGAGAUUCAGCCUCUACAAACACUGGGCCCGGUUCUUCAGUUUCUUCAAAGAGCAGCCUCUCAACUUGAUACGGAAGUAUUACGGGGAGAAGAUUGGGAUCUACUUUGCCUGGUUGGGUUUCUACACUGAGAUGCUGUUCUUCGCUGCGGUAGUAGGCCUGAUCUGUUUUCUCUAUGGAUUGUUCACCUUCGAUGAUAACAUCUGGAGUAAAGAAAUCUGCAGUGAGGAGAUUGGAGGCAACAUUAUCAUGUGUCCGCUGUGUGAUAAGACGUGUGGCUACUGGAAGCUCAACUCAACGUGUAACUCGUCCUGGCAAUCGCAUAUGUUUGACAAUGUGGGGACAGUUUUCUUUGCCAUAUUCAUGGGGAUUUGGGUGACUCUGUUCCUGGAGUUCUGGAAGCGUCGGCAGGCCCGGCUGGAGUAUGAGUGGGACCUGGUGGACUUUGAGGAAGAGCAGCAGCAGCUUCAACUACGACCAGAGUACGAGAUCAAGUGUACCAGCCGUAGACUCAACCCCGUCACACAGGAGGAGGAGUGGGUCCUUGACAGGACGGCAGCUGAUCUAGUGGGCAAAGUGCUCCUGUGUUGGGCCACCGUGGUGUUGUGGAUCUCCCUGAUCAUAGCGUGUAUCAUCGGGGUGAUAGCGUACCGUCUGGCGGUGUACGCAGCGUUUGCUAGCAUCAUGAAGGACAGCCCCACCAAUAACAUCCAAAUGGUGGGCUCCCUCAUCACCCCUCAGCUCGCCACCUCUGUCACCGCUUCCUGUAUCAACUUCGUCAUCAUCAUGAUCCUCAAUGUGAUGUAUGAGAGAGUAGCCAUCUGGAUCACUGACAUGGAGAUCCCCAAGACUCACCUGGAGUACGAGAACAAGCUGACAGUGAAGAUGUUCCUCUUCCAGUUCGUCAACUACUAUUCUUCCUGUUUCUACGUGGCCUUCUUCAAGGGGAAGUUCGUCGGCCGUCCCGGAGACUACAUCUACAUGUUCGGCUGGAGCAAGCUGAGGAACGAGGAGUGUGACCCUGGUGGCUGUCUCAUUGAGCUGACCACUCAGCUGGUCAUAGUGAUGGCAGGCAAACAGGUGUGGGGUAACAUCCAGGAAGCUCUGGUCCCGUGGCUACUGAACUGGUGGGGGAGCCGUAAAGCCCGUAGCCACCCUGAGAGCCUGUACAGCCGCUGGGAGCAGGACCACGACCUGCAGAACUUUAGCCAUCUGGGUCUUUUCUAUGAGUACCUGGAGAUGGUGAUCCAGUUUGGUUUCAUCACUCUGUUCGUGGCCUCCUUCCCUCUGGCCCCCCUGCUGGCGCUGUUGAACAACAUUAUAGAAGUUAGAGUGGACGCCUGGAAGUUCACCACCCAGUUCCGCCGGCCCGUGGCGGCCAAAGCCCACAGCAUCGGAGCCUGGCAGGAAAUACUGAACGGAGUUGCCGUCUUCUCAGUCGUCACCAACGCUUUCAUUGUAGCCUUCACAUCAGACAUGAUUCCCCGGCUGGUGUACAUGUAUGCCUACAGCCCUGGCAACGAUCUCUCUAUGAAGGGCUACAUCAACAAUAGUCUGUCAGUGUUCAACAUCUCUGGGUUCUCUGAUGAAAACCGGCCUGAUGACGGAGAGAGCCCUGAAUGGUUCAACAGCUCUGUCAUCACCACCUGCAGGUACCGUGACUACCGCUACCCUCCAGGCCAUGAGAAGCAGUACACUCACACCAUGCAGUUCUGGCACAUCCUGGCUGCCAAGCUGGCCUUCAUCAUUAUCAUGGAGCAUGUGGUGUUCAUGGUGAAGUUCUUUGUGGCAUGGAUGAUUCCUGACGUUCCCGCAGAGGUGAAGGCCAGGGUCAAACGGGAACGCUACCUCAUCCAGGAGUACCUCCAUAACUACGAGGUGGAGAAUCUGAAGAUCCAGCUAAGCCACAGGAACGAUGACUGCUCCUCCAACCCCGUGGACUACCCCGACAUAUCCCGGCGCGAAGUGUUGUCCGAGUGUCUCUAGCACCCGUCCUCGCCCUCCGCCCACUCGUUUGAUUUUGGCUCAUGUUCAUUAGGGCACACGACAGAAAACUUUUUAAAACGUUUUUCAACAGGAAAUUUAAAUUAGUGUUUUGUUAUUGGACAAGUCCGAGAUAGGACAAUUCCCAGUUUUGUUUUGUUCCGUUUGGUGCCUAAUGAACAAGACCCUGUUCAGAUUGGGCUGGGGCCUGGGCUGGUCUUAAGGAGAUUCUCUAUAAACUAUCCUGGACGGUGGGAGAUCUGUAAGGGCUCUGUCUGCUUGUGGAGUGUAGAGGGAAAUCCUCACAGAAAUAGCGCUUUGAGUACCUCAGUUGGUAGAAAGGCGCUAUAUAAAUCACAUUCAUUAUCAUCAUCAUCAUUAAAUACAAGACGAUACUACAUUUAGUGACAUGUUUAAAGCAGUACCAGAUCUGUCCAUGUGUGGUCUAUGGAUUUCAGAUCUCAUCUUCAAUCAACCACCAUUCACUUCCAUCCACACUAACAUACUAAGGCUGCAUUUACACAGGCAGCUCAAUUCUGAUCUUUUUUAAAUUUUUUACACUAAUUGGUGUUUUGACCAAUCACAUCAGAUCUUUUCACAUAAGAUUUUUUUCAGAGCUGAUCUAAUUGGUCAAAAGACCAAUUAGUGAAGAAAAAAAAAGAUCAGAAUUGUGUUGCCUGUGUAAAUGCAGCCUACUAGAUGCAGACUACAGCAAUAGAGUCCUUCUGACUGACAACAUGGGGGAAGCAGGGAGGAAACAUGGCUGCUUGCAUGGCUGUACCUGUAAUACUCUUCGUUUUAAAUCACAGGUGUUGGGGUGGUAAAGCAUUACAAAAUAAUGCGUUGGAGUACUCAGAAUACUUUUUUUUUGUGGUAACGAGUAAACUAACGCGUUAGUUUUUAAAUGUAAGUAGUCAGUUACUUAGUUACUUUUUCAAAUAAGUAAUUUUACAAUAUUAUUUCUCCUUUUCUUUGUUAGCUGUUAGUUAGCUAGCGAGAUGGCAAAGACAACAGCCUUUAUUGUGGAAGUAUUUGCAUUAGUUUGAACUGGUAGAAGAAAAUGACAGAUGUUACCCCUCGAAUAUUGACUGAAGGCCCUUGCAGGAUUCAACACGCCUCCGGGAUUUACUCAUUUAUUGUCUUGUAAUAAAACAAACCGCGUAGCGAGGUGAUCAAGUUAGGCUCAGUUGAUAAGAAUGGAUAUUUAUCCUGCUUCGUCUUCACCAUUAAUUAUACAGGAAAUGGCACUACAAUUCCACAAUGGGAUCGUAUAGUUUAAUAAAUUCCAGUUCGUAUCUGUUUUUAAUAACAGAUUGGUAGCCUGGUGUCGUUGAAUUUGAGCUGACCUUUUACUGAGCCCAGUUGGUUUUAUAUAGAUAUUUACUUAUGUGGAAAUAAUUCAAGAAAAUCAUUUAUUUUAAGUAUUGUAAAUGAAAUAUUGCGUCUUGUCAAUAUGACUUGAGUUAGGCUACGGAUAUGCAAGCCAUUGAAAGGUAGUUUUCGCCCUCUACUGGGCAUAAGAAGGAAUGACUCGUUCUCUUCAGAGGGUUGUUUUUGGAAACGCAAAAGUUACUUUCCGUUCUUUUAAUGCAAGUAACGUUAUAACGUAACUCAUUUCUUUUAAAAGUAACAUUCCCUGUAAAUCGUUAUGUCCAUUUCAUAUUCAUAUCUCCUCUCCCUUAUAAGUUUAAGGGAGAGGAGAUAAGUUCUGAAGGAGAGGAGAUAAGUUCUGAAGGAGAGGAGAUAAGUUCUGAAGGAGAGGAGAUAGGUUCUGAAGAAGUGAUGAGACUUUUCUGGUCAUUCACGAUCACAAUGCUGUACAAACACUGUGUUAACUCCAGGCAACUUUAGCUAGCUCUCAGCCAAUCACACCAAUGCAAUCACUGUGUUCAUUUUGAUACUAUAAGCAACCAAAGACAAAAUGCCUUAAUAUUUUUUUUAAAUUCAUUGUUAAAUGAGUAAAGAGGCUACAGUUUGUUAAAUGUUGAAGUAAUAUCACUUGAACGUUUCAAUGUAUUUACUAAUCUUCUGCAACUAGCCAACUUAGCUUCUGUCCAAGGCCAAGUAUCAGGCGAUAUGUGAAAAGUAUGACUUUAUUCACAUGGCAAUCAUUUCCUUAUUUCAGAAGUCAGGAUUUGGGCAGGAGAGGAGAGUGGGCAGGAGCAGCUGGUGUUUACUGUUGACUGUGUGUGUUCUGUUCUUUAAAGAUGAGUGAAAGAGAAAGAGAGAGAGAGAGAGAUAGUAGAGUGAGGGAGAGAUAGAUAGAUGAAAGAGAGGAGAUCAAUCUCUUUUUAAUGUGCCUCUGUUUACCCACUCAUUAGCACUAAUGAAAUCUUAGCUUGUCCUCACCUACUGGGGCUAGUCAUGUCCCUCAUACCGCCAUACUUCUCUCUCUCUCUCCUUCCAUCCAAAACACAUUGCUCUCUCUCUCUCUCUCUCUCUCUCUCUCUGUCUGUCUCUACUUCCAUCCAAAACACAUCGCUCUCUCUCUCUCUCUCUGUGUGUCUCUCUCUGUCUCUCUCACUCUAUCCAUCCAUCCAAAGCACAGCAUUUAGCCUUUCAUCACGACUGGUUAGAUUUUCUGGUUCUAUGUUCGUGAUGAAAAAAGAAAGAUAAACAUUAUAUAUAUAUAUUUUUUUUUUUGUUGCACAAAGCACUUAUAAAUGACACUAGCUGAUUGCUGAUCUGUUUCUGCUGUGUGACACGAAUGGAGUUGACGAGACAGUACAAACAGAUUAUUCACGGUGAACGCUGCAUACUGUAUGUCGGCUCAAAUUACUUUCACAUUUCAAUUGCACUAUAUACCACAGAUCUUCAGUGCUACAGAUUGAAUCGAGCCCUUUAAUGUUUAUCCACAAGGAACAACCUAUUGUACUGUAGAUGUUGAAGAGUUAUAAUUCAAUGAAAUAUAUUUCAAAUGGAUCCCACCUUUUUAAUCACACAUAAUUACAUAUGUUUGGACUUGAAUCUAGAGUCUAAAAAGAAGGAGAAUAAGAGAACCGGUUGAAGCAUGUACAGUGAGUAAAUUGUGACAUUUUUAAGCGUUCUUUUAGUAUUUUUUUGUUUAUUGAAUGAAGGAUAUGUUUCCAAAGGUAUAAAUGUACUACCUAUGUAAGAAUAUCAACUUUAGAAGUCAUUGUUUUCUUUAUGAUAGCUGGCUAUACCUCAAUCUCAGGCUGAACAUCCUAACAUAGAAUGUUUGGUAUGAAAAGAAACCCCAAAUGUGUUUACAAUAUCAAGUGACAUGUAAACACCAGUAGCCUACAUUUGACUGAUCGAAUGUGCUUUCCAAUGCUGUGGGCUCUAUGAAACUAAUGCUUGUUCGUGCCUCAAAAUAUCACCACUCUAUAGAAUCUUUUUUGUAUCCUAAAAGUAUCUCUUUGUUCAUUUCUUAUGUUUUUCCCUCUUGAAUAUCUGUUUUCAUCCUUUUCUGUAUGUUUUAUUGCUAAUGUAUUUUAUUGCAUAAAUCUGUAUUUAAAAAAAAGAAUAUUGAUGUUGGAUCUUGAUUUAGAAAAAUUGGGUGUUUUUAAUUUGUUUGGCUUUUUCUAUAAUUUUAUUGUGAUACACUGCCAAUGUAUGCUCGAUAGUUUUCACUGUUGGACUGUAUUAUGCCUCAAUUGUAAAGUGAAUAAAUUGCCAAACAAUUACCAAUA